GAUUCUGCAGCCGAAAACGAAACAAUGCUUCACCGCUCUGCGUCCGAAACCUCACCGCGUCCUCAGAACCGUGUUCCUUCCCCUGCUCCCCCUAUGCCUCCUAGAUACAUCCCUCAGAACGCCAAAGCUACUGUUUAUAGCGCUCCUGGUCUUGUGGAAAUGCUCUCAACUCCGCUGGUUGUUCCCGAAUUACCAGACCCUAAUUUGUAUCCAGACCCGUACCCGUCUUACCACCAACGACAACGCCAUUAUCAUCAGAGUGGUAUGACCAUGACUCCACCAAUCUCACUUUUUUCCGAAGGGUCCUCUUCGGCCUCAACGCGUUCGUCACUGGCAUACACGAACCCGCCAUAUGGGCUCCGGAAUAGCGACCAUUACGAUACCUCAGAGGACCACUCCCGUCGUGGGCCCAUGUCCGCACUAUACCCCUCAGAUACAUCCUAUGAGGUGGGGGAAGCAGAUGUUUCUGGAGAGCUGGAUCCAGCGGACGCUGUGGGGCUCGCUCUCACCUCGGACGAAGUGGCUCAUUUGAGCCACUCUGCAUCUGCAUCGUCUUUCACUUCAGUAUCCGGUCAACAACCCAGUGAUCCAAAGCGGUGGUCGGGUUCGUCUCUUGGUCGACCAGUUGGUGACGCCUCAGGAUUGAACAACCAAACGAGCUACGACUGGAGUGCUGUUGAUGAGCGGGAAGAAUAUGACGUGCCCACGGACAGUGAAACCGAUGUGUAUGACGAUGAGGACGUUGAUGAGGAUGACGUUGAGGCUGAACGUACCGCUGCAAUUGUUAUGGCUGAAGAAGGGAAGGGGUUGAUAGUCCGUGGUGAAGGGAAAUCCGUGGACUCCCUGAUCAUACACUCCGGUGUGACCCAUCUGUUAUUGGCUGGUUCAUCGACUCCCAACCAGAUGCCUGUGUUCUUGUCUUCCGCUCUUUUGAGCAUUCCAAAUACACUUCUUGCCUUAGAUAUAUCUUGCAACAUGCUCCCCGCACUUCCCCCCGUAUUGGCGUCCUGCAAUGUUCUCGAAGAAUUGAACGUUGCAGCCAAUCCGCUUCGAGUACUCCCCGCGUGGCUUUCCGAGCUAAAGUCAUUGCGUGUGCUCAUUGCUGACAGUACUGGAAUAACAGCGCUUCCUCAAUCAAUGGUUAUUCUAUCUGCCUUGCAUACUUUUAGCAUUCGACGAAACCGGCUGUACUCGUUACCGUCGUGGCUAUGCACUCUGUCCUCUCUGGAGACAUUGCUUUUAGAAGGGAAUCCAUUCAUAGAGCCCUGGGCAUCUCUCAUUGCUCCUCUUAUCACUAGCGAUAGCUCCCCUAUGACCCCUGCAUAUCCCACCAACAGCCCGCAAAACGCUACAAAUGCGAUUUUCACUCCAGAAGCAUACACUCCGCCUGCACCGGAUGUACAGCAGGAAGCUCAGGCCCCUUCAUCACCUCCCAAGACACCCCUUCCUUCCCUGGGUGGCCCGUCAGUGCCAGAAUCGACACUUAGGCGAUCCAUGUCCAUGACGUCUCCUUAUCGUAGAGGUGCCCAACCAUCUCUUUACUCAGUUACAGGGUCGCGCCCCCCUUCUUCCGCUUAUGCAGCGUCUACCCCAGUUCAGAACGGUGUGGAGAUGAUUUCAGCACGACCCCGGGCACCGGCCCGACCAUCCACUGCUGGUGCUGGAGCUGUGUCUUCUGUCUCACUAGUUGGGGCUUAUCUUUCAGCUCUUAAUCCUACUGACGAAUCGGAUGACAUGGACGCAAUAGAUUCGAAACCAAGAACACCCACCUCCACGGCCAGCCGAGGUCCCAUUCGACGUAUGAAAAGCGCAGAUGAGCUCUCCCGGAUGACUGCUCCAAAAACCUCAAAAUCUCCGCAACCUGAAGAUGGUUUGGAUUCGCGCUUGCGAAAGUUUGACAGUCUUCCUCGCGUCGCUGUCCGUCCGGAUAGGUCUCGUGUCCCAGUUUCUAUGUGGUCCGAGGUUGGGGCCCCAUCAAAUUCCACAGCUAGUGCACGCUUGACCUCGCAGUCCGUCUAUGUUCGAGAACCAACCUCACCAGAUGGAGAAAAGGCUGACAAGACAAAGAAAUGGGGCUUCCUGAAGAAGAUGAGCAUGAGCAGGAUGCGAAGUGGGAGUACCCCAAAGGACUCGAGUCGUGCUGCGUUUGCGCGCGCUCAGAGUGCCACAGAUUUAGCUUCUAUUCCGAAGUCUGCCCGAUCUGCGCUGCCCAUUCACACGGUCGCUUCUCCUGAAUUUCCGGUCGCUAAUCUCUUACGAGAUCCUGGUUCAGUAGAGCCUUUUGCACCCCUCGAAGUACCAACUGUGACUGCUACUCCGAUGCUGCCACAAUUCAGGCCCACGGCUCCUUUACCUCUCCCAUCACUUACCAUGUCUGAAGUGCUCAUAGAGGAGGAAGAGGAGCUUCCUGUGCCCCCGCCGCUGCCGCCUCCAAAGCCCAAUCUGCAGAAAAAGCAAAGUAUGGAACUUUUAGCGCAACUAGUUACUACACUGGCGCCCCCAUCACCCGCAACUCCUGUUCAUCGCGCACAGCGACGACGAAGCUUCCUCCCUCUCAACCUCAUAGCUUCGAAUGGCCAACCACUGAACAUUCCUAUUCCUAGUCCUGGUCCAUUCGUUCCCGAUGCGGUUGCGGUCAAUGGCAGCGCUUCACCUGCCGAAGAUGUGUCGUCAGUGCCUCCUGUACCCCCUCUGCCUGAGAUGACACCCUUGGACGAGGAAGUUGAAGCCAUGAGACGACGUGAGGCACAUGCACGAGCUUUGCGAUCCAUCAUGGCGUAUCUGAAAGAUCUCUCGGAUCUCAACGGGCCUAUCGUUCCUGAAAUCCCUAGUAGUCCAACACCGUCUUCUAGCCCUAAUUCUCCCACGAACAGUGCACAGAAGCGGAGACCGACGCUCAACUCUGACUCCAGAGUGUUUUCAGAGAGCUCGUUUGUGUCUAUUUCGUCGCAGCCUUCGUCGAUUUCUGGGCAACUUAGUAAGAAGCAGUCUAUGGCUAGCUUGCGGAAUGGCGCUAUGAGUAUCACGACCACGGAGAGUGGCGGCUCUGCAGGGAAUACUGAAGAGCGGAAGUGUAAGGAGGAUAAGGCCAAACGCACAGAGAUCGUCAAGGAAAUUGUCAAGACGGAACGUACUUACGUCUCACAGCUUCAAGAACUGAUUGACAUCUAUGUGAAACCAUCCACAGAAUAUAUUACGAGCGCAUUUGGAACCCAGUCGAACAAGGAGACCGUCAUUCCAACGACCGAGCGACGCAUUGUAUUCAACGGACUGGAAUCACUGUAUCAGUUCCACAAGGAUGCAUUCUUGCCGGCACCCCGCUGGCGAGAUAUCCUCUGGCGUCGCGGUCAGAUUGCUAUGGUGUUUGUAUCUCAAGCCGCUUUCAUGCGAUUGUAUCAGACAUACAUCAAUAAUUUUGAUAACGCUGUGGCCCGACUUCGGAAGUGGAAUGAGAAACCCACAGGCAACAUCACACCAGCUGCAGGGGCAACCAACAUAGUAGGGUUAGGACUCACCAUGUCUGCCGUUGCUGGUAUUGCACCCGACACCCCAGCCGCCAAUAACACUCCCCUGACAACGAGUCAGAGGAAACGCAUAAAGGCCUUCAUGAAACGGUCGCGUGUAAACCCUAGGCACUCCCAGAUGGAUUUGCAGGCCUAUCUAUUACUUCCAGUUCAACGUAUUCCGCGUUAUAAGCUUUUCCUCGAGAAUCUCUCUCAUUGUACGCCUCCCAAAAACUCUGCCUUUGAGGAUCCAUUGGAGAUUGCGUUGCGAGACAUUUCGUCCGUUGCAGAUAACAUGAAUGAAGGAAAGAGGGAGGCUGAGGCCCGCCAAAAGCUGAUCAAUUGGCAAGCGAAGAUUCGCGGGAAAUUCCCCAGCCCAUUGGUACAGCCUCAUAGACGUCUCAUUAUGGACGGGCACCUGAGUUUGUCGAGAGUUGUCCGCAAGUCGGCGACUUACGCAGAGGUGUUUAAACCUGAUGGAGAACGACCUUCUCAAGGGAAAGAUCCGAUUUGUCCCUAUGACCUCUGGGCCGUCCUUCGAAUGCAAACGUCAUUACAACCUGCAAGCGUCGUUCACGGAAGUACCUUGCGCCUCGUGGAUAACAAGGCUAUAUUGUACUUUGAAGCAGCGACAACAUCAGAUGCAUUGACUUGGUCGCGGGCGAUCAACCAGCAUAUUCCCUCCUCGAGAUAGUUUAGGUAGAAUGCAAAUCUGCUUUCGUUCUUGGAUGUUAUCACCUUCGUUUCCGUUUCGGUCCUGCAACGACCUGCACUCAUGACGAUGAUACGAAACAACACGAAAACAGCAAUCACUGCAUGCAAAAUCCCUGUUUCCAUAUCAAGUUAAAACCAAAUAACCCCAUUGUGAUUGGCGUUUUCGUGUUUCAUAGCGCCUUACAAUAACGGUCGAAGAUCCGUCUUCUCGCCUAUACCCCUCCCGCAUUGUAAUUCUGCUUGUUUCAUUUCGUCAGUCGUUGCUGACACACGCUUCCAUCAAUGCUGCCAUCCCUUUGAUUGGAACGGUUAUAUUUUUCGUCUCUUUUGGCCACCAUAAAAUUGCUCUUCCUUUUUUGUGUUUAUUCUUUUCAUGCGUUGUAUUACUUUUCUUCAUCUUUAUGACUUGAACGCAAUCCUACUCAGAUCUCGAGUUGUUAAAUAUGCAACAAUUAGAUUUCAUUUUGCUACCGUC